AUGGUGGGAAAUGGAGGCGCCUCUUAUGCAUACGUAAUCUCGCCACUCGUGAGAGAUCCGAAGGAGCUUUCUUCACCACGGAUUUGGGGCGGCACGCUGCUCCUUCCUCUGGCAAAUUGGCACUGUGGGUCUGGGCCGAAAUCCGUUAGCGCCACCCACUCGGCCCUUAUUUCCCCCUCCCUCGCCUCGCACUCACUUUUCUCUCUCCCACCUACUCCCUCGACGCAAAAGUUUUUGCCAGCACGCUGGCUGGCCUACGAGUCUCGACUUUCAGGCCAUUGGCCACAGAGUUUGGAUGAGCGAAAAUUGGGCGCUGCCGGCAACGGAAAGAACGUAUCGACAGCUCUGUCGAUGAGACAGUCGUGCCGGCAGCGCCCAGUAUGUGUAUAUAUCGUUAUGUCUACGGCCGGUGGCCGGCCCUACCCGGCCUACGGCCUAUGGCCGCGAGCUCGCUGUAGCUCGCGGCCUCGCGCUGCCAACACUCGGAGCUUUACCAGGUCGCGUGUGCGACUCAAACCUCGCGGAGCAUCCUCCAGACCAAGGAGUGGACAUUUGAGUACCGCUUGGACACCGUUGUUGUGCUCCUCAAGCCCCCUGGUUGGGACCAACUCUCCCCCAGUUGACCCUGCUCUUGGCCGCGGCAACGCUCUUACGAUGAGGCGCCUCUUCUGCCUCAUGAGCAGCCGCCAUCUGUUCCCAGUGAGCGCAUGUCGGGCCGCCGGGCCGUCAUCCACGAAGCCAUCGACGAUGCCAACUGGUCUAGGACGAGAUUAUUGCCUACGCAGCCACCCCGUUGAGGUGGCUACCAGCCAGAUACAAGGCUAUCCCAUCGGUAACUCUCGCCGGCAGAUGCUGCGCCCAACAAGGAGUCAGGCUACACCGCGAUCAGCAGGAGAGCUCGGUAUCGGUGGGAACAGCUUCGCCAGGGCCAGCACUGCCCUGAAUGAGGCGAAUAAUCGCGCUCUCCUGCUGGUCGCGGCGGAACUCAUACCAAGUACGUAUUUGGACCAUCGGACCGAGCCCUUGGACGAGAUUAUUGCCUACGAAGCCACCCCGCUGAGGUGGCUGCCACUGCUGCCGGAGCGCCAUUGGGUUUCGUUGCUGGUAGGCUUGAAGGAAACGGACAAGGCCAUCACCGUCCAUCAGCACUCAGACAACGACCGUAGCGGUGCCACAUCUACGCUGCCAAGCAGCUCCGUCUCAGGCUCCCGCCAGCCAUUGUCAAGAUCUUUGGGUUCAUUCCUCCAGGUUGUCUUGGACUUAUCCUCGAGAGCGGCUUCUUGGUACGGGAGGGUCGUCAGGUCACACAGAUAG